AUGACAGAGAAAACAAUAGACAACCACAGUUUAAAAAAGAUCCAAGAUAAAUUACGGAAAUACCAGGCUGAUGUAGAACAGUCCAAGGAUAAAUAUGAAGCUUGCCUGAAUGACCUCAACAGUUACAAUGCAAAGUAUAUAGAGGAUAUGACAGAGGUUUUUGAAAAAUGUCAAAAUUUUGAAAGAGAAAGAAUGGAAUUCUUCAAGAGAACUAUGUUUGUUCUUCAUGAGUGUCUAGACCUGUCGUCAGAAACCAGGUUUUCCAAGUUAUAUUCUGAUCUACAUGACACGAUAAGUAAGGCAGACUCAGACAGUGACUUGGCUUGGUGGUCACAGAAGAGUGGCGCUGAUAUGCCCAUGAAUUGGCCCACAUUUGAGGAAUACGCUCCUGACCUGGCAAACAUAUCCAAGAAGGAGAAGAAAUCACAGCUGGGUGGUGACGGCAUCACAAUUACAAGUAUACGUCAUAAGGGAGAUGUUUACCAGCCGUCAACAGACUCCAACACCUUCAACAACUCAUCGCCCCGUACAUCACGCAUCUCCAAUACCUCCACAACUAACAGCGAUUCCUACCAUCCCACUCCAUCACAACCCGAACCAAGCUACAACAGUAAUGUGGUGGAGACUCGCGCGGAGGUGGACAUGAGCAGCAGGUCAGUGGAAAGGAAAAAGUCUUAUGACAAGAAAUUAAAUCCAUUUGGUUCAGAUGAUGAUGAUGAUGAAGAAGAUUUUGGAAGAGAUCAGCUCUCAAGUAAAACACCAUCCAAACAAACAGUCCCUGAGCCUGUAAGGUCAGACCCUGUGGAAACCGCCAACCCAUUUGGCGAUGAUGAUGGCGAGGAGGAAGGUGCUGACUGUAACAUCCUGAUGGAAGUGUUGUAUGACUAUAUACCCAAGACUGAGGAUGAUGAUGAACUUAGCCUGGCAGUAGGUGAGAGAUUCUACAAAAUCAAGAUGGAGGAUGAGUUAGGAUGGUGUAAGGGUAGAAAAGCAGAUGGUUCUGAAGGUCUAUUCCCAGCGCAGUACGCCAAGGAGGUAUCAUAAUGUGGAAGUUGUACAGGGACAUACUCUUGAUAAAUCACAGAAGUACAUACUCCUGUGAAUCGAUGUGUACUCCUUCAGAAAAAGGGGAGCUCGUACAUGUGACAACGUAAAAUUUACAGUUUUAUGCAAGAUUCAUGGAUGUCAAAAUGGACCAUUACUCCCUGUAGAAAAAUCUCUGAAACAAGCCACUAUUCCAGCAGCAGGUUUCUUCUCUUUGUCGAAAAUAUACACAAAUAAUAUACAUCGUAUUUACUGGUACAAAUUCUGUGUCCUGUCAAAGGUUAUUUAAUUGUGUAUAGGAAAUGACAUAUAUAUGCAGAACAUCCCUACUGACUACAUGGUUUGUUUCUUCUAAUUUAGUUAAAGAUGUAUGCUACCUUACAAUGACUUAUUUAUAAAAGGGUUGCACACUUGAUUAUGAUCAAUGAUUUAGUUAAUUUCACAGUAACAAAUUUAAGAAGUUGGCAAACAAAGACAUGUAGCUCUCGUAGAUUUGGAUCCUAUGUUAAUUAAAAAAAAACUAUGUAACAUUUUUAAUCUGUAAUCAUUUUUCUGUAAAGCAUUUAAAAAAUUGCAAUUUGAUGCGAAACUCUGUCAUUUGUUGGUAUUUAAAAAUCUUGAUUUAUUUGUCAGAAAUUUCCCAAUUACUAAGUUCAGCCAUUGUGUUCUGAUGAAAGGGAGUAUCUCAGACAUACACAAACUCUGGGUACCUGGUUUUAAACAUUUAGGAAAUAGGAAUUCACAAAAUAUAUCUUCUUGACUAUUGCUUCAAUUUUUUUCCCCAGACCAAAUUUUCAUUACGGAUUAAUUGUUAUAUAAAAUGUCAGGCCCUGACUGAAAGGAUGAGUUACUUCUGUGAAGUACAAAUGCAAUAGUGAGGAGCAUUGCCAUUAGACAGAUUAUUUUUGUAGGGCUGUUCCAUUGGAGAUUGCACUGCCUUGCUGGUGAUAGGUAGGAUGUUUAGUAGGAAUAAAGCAUGGUUUUUAUACUGAAAAUAAAAAUGUGCAUUUCAUGUUUCUUCACAGCAAAGUGUGAAGACAAAGUUUGAAGGUUUUCAUCCAUUUGGACCAAAAAAAAAAAAAUCAAAGAUAAAUUUUACCACAUGUAUGAAAUUUAAAACAAAAAGAUGUCUUUCUAAAUGCUGAUAACAAAUGUGUCAAUUUCUCCUUUUGUCACAAAAUGAUUUUUUUUUUUUUUUAUUUGAUAAAAGAUGAAUUUGUCAUUUCUGAUAUAAUGGCACCUAAGAGCAGUUAAUUUAGUUUAAAGUCGGGAUAAUUUAUAGAAAAAAUGUAAAAUACUCAUAUAUCUCCAAUGUUCAUCUGACUUUUAACCAUUCCAUGUUCAAUGUAUGAAAAGAUCUGUAUGUGGAGGCUUAACAUGACGUAAGGAAUUUAUAGCCUUCAACUUUGUACUUAUUUAUAAUGGAAACCCACGGGCUGUAUAAAAUAGUCAGUUAUGAUUUAAUUCCUUUUCGUACUAUUUCCAUCAAAACAUUUAUCAGUUUUUAUGUAUCACAAAAAUGACUAAGAAUGAUUGAGUUUGACACCAAAUGUUGUUAAUGGUGAUAUUGUAGGAGUGAAGGAAAAUCAAAACAGAAAGCAGUGUAGCAAGUGUGUGUUUGUCAAUAAACUAGAUAUUUCUAUUGAUACCUGUAUAUCAUUAUAUAAACCAAUAAUAUGUAUGUUAGAAAAUUGUACUCAUAUGGAACAGGCACCCUCCCAUGUAUUAGAAUCUUGCCAAAGUUAUUUUUAAAAGUAUUCAUUAAAGAUUUUAAAAAAAAGGGUGAUGCAAAUUGUUUUUUAGUGGAGUUGAGUUUAUUUCUGUCAUUACAUUUGAAAUAAGGAAAAGAAGGAAAUUGUGUGUUGGAAUUUUGAGAUGUUAGAUUGUUCCAAUAGUGUAUAUAGUGAUAACUUACUACAGUUAAAUCUGUAUCAUAUCAACAUUAGUAUUCCUUCUACCUCUUAACCAUUUUUGUACCCUUGGCUCUGAUUUGUGUCACAUCCUUAAUGUUCAAAUACAUGUAAUACUAGAAAUUAUCUGUAAUAUCACUUUAUUUCAAAUUUUGAUGGCUUUUCACCCUGGGCUGGUACCAGGAGUAAUCUCCCUUUAUCAAAAUUUUUUUGUUUAAUUUGCAUUAAUAUUGUGAUCACAUGAUAAUAAAAAUUUUGUUGACAGUGCUUGAGGUUAAAUUUUGAUAAAUCUGGAUUUUGAUAGAUAUAAUGAAUUUAUAUUACAAUUGAAAUGUGUUUAUAUCCAUACUAAUGUAUAUUCUACAGCACAAUGAAAAUAAUAACUGUUUUUCACAAGAGAAUUCUAUUUUGUAGAUAGACUUACAGUAUUUUUCUAGAGCACAUUUAAAUCUAAUGGUCUAAAGUCACAAGGUGUUGUGUAUGAAAUCUAUACUGAUAAGUUAAUUCCUUGUUGUUAUCCCAUGAAACAUUAACAUAAGAGAUCAUACUGAGUUAAAACAAAAUUUUGAAGAAUUGCUUUAAAUUCUGAACCUGAAAUUUUAGGAUCUGUGAUAGUGGUGUUGAGAUCAUAUUGUACAGGUGCAAAAUUAUCAAACAUUUAUAGAAAAAUAACCCAUUCAACUGUACCUUUACUUCAGCAGUUAUUUGUUUUAUAGAGAAAGUUCAUUUAAAGAAAAAAUCUGAAUGAAAAUGUUUCAGGAGAAUGUUUGAUGAUCCAACAUGUAAUAUGGGAUAACAUUCUUGGUACAUAUUGUGUUAGUAGCCUGGGCUUUGUUCAGUGUAAUGCAUGUUUUUAUGUUAAGGAUAGGCAUGAAGACUGCUGCACAAGCAUUCAGACAUAUCCUUUAACAGUGUCAAGACAGUCCAGAGACUUUGAGGGUAAUAUUACAGUUCUGUUUUCACUCUAUUCUUAGAGUGGUCUCCCUUUUCAUCGAUUUCAAAUCAAAUACAGUAUUGUUAUGGAACAUAGACUAAGUCAAUAUUCUAAAUUCAAAAUUAACAAAAGUUGGUGUAUUUUCAAUAACAUCAAGAGCUUGACAUCCAAAUUGAUCUACGCAAUGCUUUUCUCAAUGAAAACAUGUCUUUAUAGUUAGCAUUAAAGUAGAUGUUAGGUAGAAUCUCAAACUUGGAGGUUAAAAUGAUAUGGAAAAUUUUAUUUCGUCAAUAUUAUGAAAAGUGAUUCUUUGUAAUUUUGUCAAGGAUUUGACUUCAGUCUGAAAAGUAUCUCUCAAGCUUCGAAAGAAUUGGUUAAGUUUGAAAAGCAAUGCAACAGAAAAUUCAAUGAAAAAGAAAAGGGAUUUCAUAAAGUGAUAUUGCCAGUGAGUUUAAAUGAUUGUUUAGUUUAUGUAAAUGGGAUGAAUGGGCUUAUUUUUAGGGUAUGGGCUUCUUAUCCUCGAACAAGGUAGCUAUGUAGUGUAUUUAGACUUAUAUUGCCUGUGCUUGUAGAACUACAAUUAUUGUGGUAUUUAAGACAUAUUUUUCUAAAUACUGAUGUUGAUUACUUAAACUACUGAUAUUUCAGACAGCCUGUCAGAAUCUUUAUUUAAACACUAUCCAUUGGCAUUUUGGCUUUAUUUCUUUCAAAUCCAGAUACCCUUUUUAUAUAGUGCUAAGCUACUUAAUGGCUACUGGAAAGUUCUGUUAUCCCAAGGGUUUUCACAGAAUGUAGGCUACAUUAACCAUUGAUUAGGUAUGAGACAGUGAUGUUUUUCACAUCCAACAUUCUUAAGGAACUUUUUUUUAAAGUUAUUUCUUUAUUCCAUAUAGUUGUAAGCUUCUGCUACCUUGAAAUACAUUUUUUUUUCCUUUUAAAUUAUGCUUUUGUCAAGAGACACAUGUGUAAGUGAUUUGAUGACGUGUUACUUCAGGUUUGAAAGGGAAGGUGACAUUGGAACAAUGUGUAGAUCUAAUUGAUUGUAUGAUUUUAACUUUUGGAAACAUUAAUUUCUGUAGUACAGGAUAUAAGUAACAGAUAACUAGGAAUGUAUCACCUUUAAAUAUGUGUUCAUUGUACAAUGACUUUGCUCUUCAGGACUUCUAAUGAUAUGGCACUUCAAAAUUUAUUUCAUAAUGCAAAGAUUAGUCAUCAUUAACCAUGCGCUGUCGCGUGAUUUGUCUCAAGUUAUGUCCAAGAUCUGUUGAUAAGGGAUAAACAUUCUACAAAAUAGUUGAUGCAGGUUAGAUUACUUUGCUUAUUGCAAAAAUUAUACCUGUUUACGUCUAAAGAAUUCCAAAGAAGCUCAAAGCUUACAUGUAGUACACAUUCAUAAGAAUUAUUGCUUUCCCCUUUUCAACUUUUUUUUUCUGUAAAUACUUCUAUUGGAGUUAUCGCCCCUGUCAUGUUGAGAUCCAGGUGUUGAUCACAUAGCGAUAUUGACACAUUUUAUGUCAGUUUCAAAAUUAUCUUAACUUCUUCAGAAAUGUAACAAAUUCUCAACUCAUAUAAGCUUCAAACUGCUUUGAAUUGGAAUAUAUGUCACAUUUUAGAAAUGGUUGUUAUGGCAGACAUAAGUUAGAUGACUUUUUUGACAAGAAAAUACUGUUUACUAGUUACUGUAGUUAUUUGGUAACAUGUUUAUGCCAAAUUUGUUAGGCAUGUUGUAAGGGAUAGAUUGAUUGAGAAACUGUCACCUGAUGGGGGAUAGAUGUACAGAAUUCACCUCUUGCUACUACUGUAAGGAAUGUUACCAAUGUAUGCAAUAUUACCGUUGUUCCAUGUUUAUUGUAUAUUGUCCUGCCAGUUACCCAUUUACUUGUUGUUAUGGAAAAUAUGUUGUUACAAAUUAUAUAGAGACUGUAGCGGACAUUCUGUACUAAUAUACAUGUAUAUCAUCAUUAUAUAUAUAUAUAUAUAGAAGGGAAAAAAGAUUGUUCAGUUAUUUAUUCAAUUACGAAUAUAUUCCAUGCAUUAUUGGCAAUAAAGAAUACUAAUGACA